AGCGAACGCAAAAUCCGAGUUGUCGGAGAUAUUAUUGAAUUUGUGAAUUUUAUUUGUGUCGGUGAUUAUGUGAAGUGCAAAUACAUGCAAUAGUUAAGCGAAUUCAAGUGCGCCAGUCCAGGGUACCUGGUCUUGUGUGCUUUCCAAGGCAGCAGUGUAAUUGUUUUUAUGCAACAAAGUGUCGAGCAGCUUAAUAAAAUUUGCCACCGCUGCUGCCUCAUUUUACGGCCCAGUAAUCCAGUUAAAAAAAGUGUGAGCACGACACGCAAAUUUAAUUUAAAGCAAGUGCAACUGCAAUGACGUCUACAAGCAAUUUGGCCGACGUAGUGCGGCACUAUCAACGUAGCAUUGAGCGGCACGGCCAGGAUGAGACACGCCUUCUACACUGCAUAACUAAGCUGUUCAACUUGCCCAUUAAAUUUGAGCACCUGCAGGAGACCGGCAUUGGAAAAACCGUUAACACCCUGCGGAAAAUUAACGGUGAAGUUGGCAUUGCUGCUAAAACACUAGUCACAAAAUGGAAGGCCAUGGUCGCGGCCGAAGAAGAACCCAUACAGCCAGCAACUCACAAUAGCAAUGAAGAGGACUCAAACCGGUCGAACGGAAGGCGUUCCAGUGACGAGGAUUUAGAUCAGAAUGAGAAUGGGAACAAGGGUAGCAACACGUCCAGCUCUGAUGAAAUGCACUUCAAGGCCAAGUCGAAUAGUCACGAAGAGCGUAGUCGGGAAAGAGAGAGCAACGGCAAUAAGACUACUGAACACAAAAUCAGAUCAAGCAGCAGCAACCACCAUCACAGUAGUAAUAGCAAAAGUAACUCGAAAACCAAGUCGGAUGGUGAGAAAAAACACAAGAGCAGCAGGCAUGAUAAAGCGAAAAAUAGCGAACGAAGGCACGAGUCUCACAAGGACGAACGAAGCAACGGAGAGCGUAUGCCGAAAGAAUCGACGAGCGCAAAAGUCGAAAGCAGCAGUAAGAGCAGUAGUGAUGAGAGCAGGAGUAAGCAUCGCCAUCACAGUAAAUCGGAGAGCCACAAAAGCGGAGAAAGCAAGGUGCGCAGCUCAACGCACGAAAAAACUAAAGAGCACAAGUCUCAUAGCGUUCAUAGCCACUCCAAAGACAAAUCCAGCAAACACAAAUCAUCCUCAUCUGGAUCGGCCAAGUCAGCGAAGCGAGCUCGCAGCUCCGAUCGUACUGUCGACGAAGUAUCGCCGAAGCCCAAGAUAGCAAAGACCAAAACAAAAGCCGAAGCUCUAAGUAAUGAGGAUACGGCGGAUGGUUUUGAUUCCACUAUGGGUGCCAACUUUGAUGAUGUGCUUGGCAUGCUAAAUGUGCCCAUGAGCAGCAAGAAGAGUAGCAGCAAACCAAAAACUCCCAACAAGGCAACAUCAACGACAACCGCAUCGAAGAAAGCCCAUAGAUCGCCUGCAGCAGAGUUAAGUUCCAGCAUCAAGCUGACAACAACAACUACUCGGAAACCAGAUCUCCUAGCUUCCACUGCCAAAUUGGAGCCACUGGAUCCCAGUAUCGCUUUAGAAUUACCAACCAUAUCGAAUAAUUAUAAACCCAUGCCACUUAAUCAAACUGUCAUGGAUGUGGUUUUCAAUUCUGGAAGCAACAACUCGCAUAAGCCAGUACAGCGAAAUUUCGAUGAAUCUGAGGCUUUAGCCCAUGGAAUUUCGUCCAAAACAAUGCGUACAAAAAUUUACUCGGGUGUCAAGACUGGACAAAUACUACAAGUACCCUCACUAUUUGACUUGUGCAUCCGUAUUCUUCAGAAGAACAUCGAUGCACUCGAAUAUACCGGUGGUGUACCCUUCGAGGUUCUACGCCCUGUUCUGGAACGCGCUACACCACAGCAGUUGCUUAAUUUUGAGGAAUACAACCCCUAUCUGAUGGAUGACAGUGAUGUCCUGUGGCAGCACCAUGUACAACGUCAUCAUCGCAGCCAAAAACGAGAGGAAAUGGAAACGUGGCGUGAAAUGUUUUUGCGCUGUCAAGAGGAAAAGGAUCGCAAGCUAAGCAUACUUGCCGAGAGCAUCAAAGCGUCACAGAAAAUAAGCGAAGCGCCUGUGCGGAAAACUCAAUUAGCCUUUGUGGACUCAAUGGUAAAGCCGCCGCGCAAUGUGCAGCGAAAACAGGAACAAUAUGGCACCAAGGGCAAAUUGAUAGCCACGCCCGCGGCUCGCGUUACGGCCCUCUCCAGCGUAACCCCGAAUGCGGCAAAGGUUGGUGAUGCGCGUUUGCGUGUGGCAGCAUCAGCUCGUGACACGGCACAAGUUGCUGUUGCACCCAUGCGUCCAAAGAAAGCACCCUUGAUGGCAAAAACAUUGCAAUUUAUGCGCGGACGCCACAAGCGUUAGGGAGGAGAGAACAUUAAUACGUACUUGCAUGCAUCUAUACUUGAGGAUUAUAACUUUAUACUCGUUUGUUAGGCCAUGAGCUACUUCUAUUUAUUCAUUUACAACUAUUAUAUGUCAAACAAUAUAUUCGUACAUUAAUAACAAA